AUGCCUUUAAAACCAUCAACUCGACCAAAUACCUUACAUAUCUUGGAGUUGUUCGCAUUCACCCUUCCCGAGAUCAUCCUGAUGGUCGCACUGUGCUGUUUCGUUUAUCCAACCGCUGUACCAAACUUUCUAUCAAUUCUCCUCAUCUUCUCCUUCACUGCAGAGCACUGGCUGCCAACAAAUGAGCCAGAUCCAACUGCAAAUAUUCGAACAUCUUUCACCCGACCGCGCAAGAGUGACACCCUCCAUCAUACGCACAUCGAAAUCGGCGGAGCACAGCACGGCCCUCAGUGGAAGGCCUACCUGAACCAAUCAUGCGGGCAAGCCCUGCGCACCCAGUCCGUUAUGUACAACUCGAAAACCUUCAAGGUCGACCUACUGUGGCACUGCCGGUCCAAGGCGACGUUGGACAGUUUACGCGAAGUUGUCAACGCACUUUCACCUCCAUACAGCACCUGCGGGACAUCGGCAUCGAGAACUCCAGGUCUAGAAUUGAAUGUCGAAGUCGUCAAAUCUCACACCCCUACAGACAUCGUCGAGGCCGUGGAUCAGCCUUCUUUGGAUCUAUAUCGGUUGUCGAACCUUCAAAAGUUGACCUGGAAAGGAUCCUACCCUUAUUUUCUUUUUGCACGGCCGCAAUAUCGGACAUUUGGGGAUAUUUUGCGUGGUCGGACGACCGAGGUUAUGUUUCCUCGGCUUGCGGAGUUGCGUCUAGUUGACUGCAAUCUACAACCUGGAGAUAUGGUAGAAAUCCUUCGACGCUGUCCGGUAUUGACUUCUUGCGAGAUUGACCAGCUUAGGCACAACCCGGAUUCUACUAUUUACCCCAAUCUCCAUGAACAUAAUCAUUUUGGGGGACAUUUUGGUCAAUGGAUUGCCACCGAUGCCGACUCUAGUACCUCUGAUAUUGUGUCCCAUCCAUCGCUAAAACAUUUAAAGAUAUCAUCUACUCUAGACCUUCGUCAGUUUUUCAGCAGCGUGUCUACCCCGAAUCUGCAAUCUCUGCAUCUUCAGUUUUCGCCCUGGAGCCAUUUCCCAGAUUCUAUACAGGAAUAUAUACCGUUUCUACAGGUUAAUUGGGAAUCGUUAACACAUCUCGAUGUGAUCGGCCCCAUAAACCAUUAUUCCUACCGCUGCCUGGGCACCUUCUUCGACUAUAAACCUUCUUUGCUGGGCAAAUGGUUCCUACGGGAUAACAGGACCCUCUGA